AUGACUGCUAUUUCUAUGAUAGGUUAUCGACCUUUUCGUCAUACCGCUACAGCUGUUUCUCUCAACAUUGUUACUGGUCUGUGUGAAGUAGCUUUUGAUGUUAAACAGGAAUAUAACAUAGCAGAACGUCAAUUAACCCUCGAGCAAUCAAAUAAUAAAAGCUCAAGGAAUACUAAAAACAAAGAUAGAAUAAGUAGUUUAGUUACAAAAACGGACGAAUUAAAAGGAAAGGAAAGAAUAAUAAACUCUUAUAUCCAAGGAUUUUUUGACAGUGUAUUCAUGCAUAGAUAUAGAGAUGUAGAACCUGUAAUAAGAUCUGAAUGUAUCAAGGAAUUAGGCGUAUGGGUCAUCAAACAUCCAGAUUAUUUCCUUAAUGAUACAUAUAUAAGAUAUCUUGGUUGGCAAUUAUCAGAUAAGUCUCCAUUAACAAGACAAGAAUCAGUAAAAGCAUUAUCUCGUCUUUACAAUCAUGAAACCUUUGCAUAUACUUAUUAA